GAUUAAAGUCGACUCCAUAGGUAUGUGUGUGUAUGUGUUUGUCAGUGUGAGAAAAGGUCUUAAUGCUACUCCCACUUUGAGUGGAAGUGAGUUUCUCAGCACUGUGGAAUGUGGAACAGCUGCGUUUUACUAUGUGAAAGCUGAAGGAGUGUCCUGGAGAUAAGACGCACGGAAAGACAGACACCUCCAUAGGUAUCCACAGCUUUCUGUGGACACUGGUAACAGAGAGAGAGAGAGAGAGAGAGAGAGAGAGAGAGAUAGAUGUAAUGACACUGGAAUUACCAGACAAGUGUAUGGACACUGAGUGUUUUGGGAACAUGACACCUGAGACUCAAGAUAUUUACCUGAGGCUGGACAGUCCCCACAGGCGAUCCGGAUUGCGCUUGGCCAGAAUCCUUGCCCGUCAGCAGCUGGUCCAGAAGAUAGAGCAAGAGAUUGAAGCAAAGGAGGCAUGUGAUUGGUUGAGAGCAGCAGGAUUUCCACAGUAUGCUCAGCUCUAUGAAGAUUAUCAGUUUCCUAUUGACAUACCUGUGGUGGAAAAGGACCAUGACUUCCUGGAUAAAGAUCUGGUGGAGCCCCUGUGCCGGCGGCUUCAGACUCUAAACAAGUGUGCCUCCAUGAAACUGGACGUCGGCUUUACUAAGAAGAGAAGCGAGGACUCGGAUGAGGACGACCUGCUGGCCAUCAGCAACAGAUGGACAUUUGAGUGGAACAGCCGCCGCUGGUCUCGCCUGCAGGACGUCGACCUCAUCCUGGGGGCAAGAGAUCGGCGGAGGACUGUGAGCAGUGAAAGUGUCCUGACCGAUCUGAGUGAACCUGAGAUCUGCUCGCUGCACAGUGAGGACUCACUGUCUGUCAUGCCUGAGUCUGCAUCCUUCAGCCCACUAAGCAUGCACCAGUACCAAGACCUGCCUCGCUACAACACGCUUCCUGCAAAGAGCGGUAGACACGGGCGCACACGCGCCAAAGACUUCCUUCGGCGGAUGGAGACUCUGGGCCGCUCAUGGGGGGCAUUGCGGGCAUGUCCAGAGCGGCGUUCUAUGACAAUUAGUGGGCCGAUUCUGCAGAGUGAACCGGAGGCUCUACGAACACUACGCUGCAUCCAAAUUUUUAAUGGAGAGCCAGGUGAUCCUGAAAACACACCCACUGCUAGCAACUGCCCAUCCAUUUUCACUACCAGUAAGGAGGCGAGCCAGUCUGAGACCGAUGAAAGCAUUGAGAGCACACCCAACUUGAAGGAGCAUAUUCCAGAAGCACACAAUCCCAGCAAGCAUGCAGGCAUGUAUCUGGAAAAUCUGGAAGUGUUUUCGCAUGACACCCAGAGGAGGAAAUCAGUCGAACAAAAUUGCAGGAAUGAAUUUCAUUCCUAUGAGGAUCUGAUGGUACACAUCCCAAAGGACCACAAACCUGGGACUUUUCCCAAAGCACUGUCCAUAGAGAGUUUGACUCCAGCCAAUGGUGAGGGAGGGAAAUGGAGGGCUCAAGAAUCACAGCAGCAUCAGCAACUGAGGAACAGGAAAUGGGCAGGGCGAGAGAACCGACCCAUGACACGCUGCUGCCCACGAAGCAGCCGCAUUAGCAUUUAUGACAACGUACCAGGUUCACACUUGUAUGCCAGCACUGGAGAUCUGAUGGACCUCGAGAAGGAGGAAGACCUGUUCCCGCACCUGGAUGACAUCCUGCAGCACGUGAACGGCCUGCAGCAAAUCGUGGAUCACUGGUCCAAAAACGUGUUGCCUGAGGGAGAAGGAGAGAGGGAUGGGGGGCGGGACCAUGCAAUGAAGGAUGCUCAGUCUUCCAGUCAGAUAACAUUGGAUUUUGAAGGGACCUCAGUGAACACACCUAGUGAUGGAGACAGAGAUGGAGUGUCUUUGAACGAAACAGAUGCUUCAAGCACAAGAGAGAGGCGGGACUCAGGCGUUGGUGCUUCGCUCACUCGGCCUCGUCUCAGGUGGCCCAGCUUCAGGAUGUCCAAUCGCCUCAGCCAAUCAGGAACUUCAUUACAAAUCUCCAGCCAGUCAGCAGGUCAGCUCAGCUUGUUGCAGAAGUUCUCACUGCUGCGCCUUACAGCCAUCAUGGAGAAAUAUUCAAUGUCCAAUAAGCAUGGCUGGACAUGGUCAGUGCCAAAGUUCAUGAAGCGGAUGAAGGGACCAGAGUACAGGGAUAAGAGUGUGUAUGGAGUGCCUCUGCUUGUCCAUGUGCAACGCUACGGCCAGCCUCUACCUUUCUGCCUGCAGCUAGCACUACGCUACCUCCGGAGGCAAUGCCUCGACCAGGUGGGGCUAUUCCGUAAGUCUGGGGUGAAGUCUCGGAUCCAGACUCUGAGACAGAUGUGUGAGAGUUCUCCAGAGAGUGUAGACUAUGAGGAUCAGUGCGCAUAUGAUGUAGCCGACAUGGUGAAGCAGUUUUUCCGAGACCUUCCUGAGCCACUGCUCACCAGCAAACUCGGAGAGACCUUCCUCCAUAUAUAUCAGUACGUCCCCAAAGAGCAGCGCUUUCAGGCAGUGCAAGCUGCCAUUAUGCUAAUGGCAGAUGAGAACCGCGAAGUGCUGCAGACCCUGCUCUGUUUCCUGAGUGAUGUCACUUCUUCUGUAGAGGAGAACCAGAUGACCCCGAUGAACCUGGCUGUGUGCCUCGCGCCAUCUCUCUUUCAUCUGAACAUUAUGAAGAAAGACAACCUUUCACCAAGGUCAAUCCAGCGGAAGUAUGCCACAGGACGUCCUGACCAAAAGGAUCUUAAUGAGAAUCUCGCUGCCACACAGGGGCUUGCACACAUGAUCACUGAGUGCAACCAGCUCUUUGAGGUCCCUCAGGAGAUGAUUGCUCAGUCAAGGAACUCGUACAUGGAGGCUGAGGUACUAGCGCCCCCUCUAGACGACCUGUGCAAACAGCUACAGCUGCAUGUUGAAGAAGAGGAGGAGGAAGAGGAGGAGGAGGAAGGCUCUUAUCGCUGCCACAUGGAGGGACUGAUCCAGAACCUGCUAAAAGAGGCCAGAGACAAGGCCAAGUACUGGGUGAGCCAACCGACCAUCGACAGCGUGGAGCUCGCAUUCAAAAAGGUGGGUGAUGGAACUCCACUGCGGCGGUGGCGCAUCUCAGUUGAAGUGGAGGCUCCACCAUCUGUGCUGCUUAACCGGGUUCUGCGAGAGCACCACCUGUGGGACAGCGACCUCCUACAGUGGAAAGUUCUGGAAACACUGGACAAGCAGACUGAAGUGUAUCAGUAUGCUCUCAACAGCAUGGCCCCUCACCCCAGCAGGGACUUUGUGGUACUCAGGAUGUGGCAGACAGACCUACCAAAGGGUGUGUGCGCAUUAGUGGCAGUUUCUAUCGACCAUGAUGACAGUGCACCUAUGGGAGGGGUUCGGGGCAUCGUUCUAGAGUCACACUACCUGCUUGAGCCCUGUGGGUCUGGAAAGUCGAGGCUGACGCACAUCUGCAGAGUGGACCUCAAGGGGAAGUCUCCUGAGUGGUAUAACAAAGCCUUUGGUCAUAUAUGUGCUGCCCAGGCAGCUCGCAUUCGCAAGUCCUUCCAACCUCUGGACACUGAAGGCCCCGAGACCAAGAUCUGACCUGGCUAUGGAAUAUGGCCUGGAGUCCAGGGUUUUGAACCAGGAUCAAGGUUACAAACAGUGUUGAUAUUGGGGUUGGGUUUGUACCAGGAUCACAUUAUGGACCAGGGUUUGAACAAGGAUCAGGGUUUAGUCUAGGACCAGGAUCAGAAACAGGCUUAGGAUCAGGUCUUGAACUAGAAUCAAGGAUUGGCUUCUGUGACAAAUUUUUUAUGCUGCAGGUAGUGAAGUAACACGAAGAGGAAGGUGAGAAAGUAAAGUGUUUGUUUGAAUGAGAAUGUAAAGAUAUCUCUUUAGUAAGUGUCAAUACUGGAAAUGCAAGAAUGAUGAACUACUCAAGAGGGAUUCACGAGAAACACUGAUGCGAAGUUGAAUACCGCCCCUGUGAAGGUAUUUAAUCAUCCAUUUCAUUUGAAUAUCUAGUACUAGUCAAGAUAACUGGACUUGUGGUAUACUCGAAAGAUGAAUCUUAUAGUCUAAAGGCAUUUCACCACAGACUUGAGUAUUUUUGACUUACUGCUAUCAGAAGUGUGUAACUCGUAUCUGAUGACAGUUAUUUACUCUACAGUAGUUUUAUCAGGCAUAAGAUGAAAGGAGGGCACUUACAACCCCAAUUCCAAAAAAAGUUGGGAUGCUGUGUAAACUGUAAAUAAAAACAGAAUGUGAUAAUCUGCAA